AUGGAAGCUUUCAAAAUUAACGCUGCUGCAGUGACUCGUGAUUAUAUUGUUAAUCCUGUUCUUGAUUAUAGAACAGUGACUAGUGUUAAUGGACCAUUAGUUAUUCUUGAUAAUAUUAAAGGACCAAAAUAUAGUGAAAUUGUAAACAUUAAAUUAGGAGAUGGAAGUGUCCGUAAAGGACAAGUUUUAGAAGUUACUGGCAAUAAAGCUGUUGUACAGGUUUUUGAAGGAACUUCAGGGAUUGAUGCACGUUAUACAAGAUGUGAAUUUACAGGAGAUGUUUUGACAAUUCCAGUUUCAGAAGAUAUGCUUGGUAGAGUUUUCAAUGGAUCUGGUAAACCAGUUGAUAAAGGACCUAAUGUUAUUGCAGAAGAUUAUCUUGAUAUUAAUGGACAACCAAUUAAUCCAGCAAAUAGAGUAUAUCCAGAAGAAAUGAUUCAAACAGGUAUUUCUGCUAUUGAUGUUAUGAAUUCUAUUGCUAGAGGACAAAAAAUACCAAUUUUCUCAGCUGCAGGAUUACCACAUAAUGAAAUUGCAGCUCAAAUUUGUAGACAAGCAGGUCUUGUUAAACACAAAGGACUUGGUGUUGUUGAUAAUCAUGAAGAUAAUUUUGCUAUUGUUUUUGCAGCUAUGGGAGUCAAUAUGGAAACAGCAAGAUUCUUUAGACAAGAUUUUGAAGAAAAUGGUUCUAUGGAAAGAGUUACAUUAUUCUUAAAUCUUGCUAAUCAUCCAACUAUUGAAAGAAUUGUUACACCUCGUCUUGCAUUAACUACUGCAGAAUAUUUUGCUUAUACAUGUGAUAUGCAUGUUCUUGUUAUUUUAACUGAUAUGUCAUCAUAUGCUGAUGCACUUCGUGAAGUUUCAGCUGCUAGAGAAGAAGUUCCAGGUCGUAGAGGAUAUCCAGGUUACAUGUAUACAGAUCUUGCUUCGAUUUAUGAAAGAGCAGGUCGUGUUAAUGGAAGAGUUGGAUCUAUUACCCAAAUUCCAAUUUUAACUAUGCCAAAUGAUGAUAUUACUCAUCCAAUUCCAGAUCUUACUGGUUAUAUUACUGAAGGACAAAUUUAUGUUGAUAGAAAUAUGCAUAAUAGACAAAUUUAUCCACCAAUCAAUGUUUUACCAUCAUUAAGUAGAUUAAUGAAAUCAGCUAUUGGAGAAGGUAUGACUCGUGAAGAUCAUUCAGAAGUAUCAAAUCAAUUAUAUGCUAAUUAUGCUAUUGGUAAAGAUGCACAAUCAAUUAAAGCAGUAGUUGGUGAAGAAGCACUUUCAAUGGAAGAUAAAUUAGCAUUAGAAUUUCUUGAUAAAUUUGAACAAAAGUUUAUUUCACAAGAUUAUUAUGAAUCACGUGAUAUUUUCCAAUCACUUGAUCUUGCAUGGUCAUUAUUAAGAACUUUCCCACGUGAUAUGUUGAAAAGAAUUUCAAAUGAAACUUUAGACAAAUACUAUGAUCCAAAUCCUGAUGAAAGAAUAGAUGAUAAAGAAGGAACCUUAUAA